UCUAGCCAAUAGAAGCACGAAGUGAAGAACCCGGCAGCUCUCUUUGAUGACGUAUGUGAUCAGAAGCACAAAACCGCGUGAAAAUGCUCUUCUACUCGUUCUUCAAGUCCUUGGUUGGCAAAGAUGUUGUGGUGGAGCUCAAAAAUGACUUGAGCAUCUGUGGAACAUUACACUCGGUUGAUCAGUAUCUGAACAUCAAACUGACAGAUAUCAGUGUCACUGAUCCAGAGAAAUAUCCGCACAUGUUGUCGGUGAAGAACUGCUUUAUCCGUGGAUCAGUAGUGCGAUAUGUUCAGCUUCCUGCGGAUGAAGUGGACACACAGCUGCUACAGGAUGCUGCACGCAAAGAAGCUAUGCAACAGAAACAAUAAUGUGUUUAAAUUUGAGAAUAGUUUUUUUUUUUUUUUUUUGUGGGACUGUUCACAAGCAUCAUCUGUGGAGCCUUGUAGAUUAAAUGCUUUUUUUCCUACCUGAAAAUUUGAUGUAAAGUUUUGAUCUUUUUUUUUUUUCCUAGAUAUUCAUUUACCUCUGUUGUCAUGAGGCCCAUUACUGAGAGGGAAUGACUUUGAGUUAUUAGUGGUUUUGUACUUUUAAUAAUGUUUGGAAGGUUCUGUAUUGCAUCCGAAUGACUUUUUAGUUAAGUUCUUCGACCUACUACUAAUACAGGAAUAAAGUAUUUUCUUCCACGGUCUACUUUUUGUUAUUUUAGUUCAACCAUUGAAAACGUUUACUGACUGACUGCGUUCAAAUUCGCAUACUGUCUGAGUAAAUACUUCUGUUGAAUAUGUAAUUAUUUUACAGGUGUUAAAAAAGAAUGUUUCAUAUCAUGGGUCUCCAACCCUGCUCCUGGUGAACUCCCAUCCUGAGUUCUGCUUCAGCCUCAAUCAAACACACACAAAACAUGUUGAAGAGCCCAGGGUUACUUGAUAAUUACAGACAGGUUUGAGCUGAAGUCUGCAGGAAGGUAGCUCACCAGGCACAGGGUUAGAGACCACUAAUAUAAAACUUUUUUUUUUUUUUUAACAGGCGUAAAUUAUUAGUUUUAAGUCAUAUGAAUGUAACCUGGAUGUAUGAUGUAUAUCAUGUGACAAACCAGUGUCGCUUGCAUUGCUUCACUUUCCAUUCACAAAUCCUCUCUUGUGGCCUCAUGCAAUAGUUAAGUGUCCAUCGUAUGUGCACUUCAGAAUCUUGCUGGAGAUUACUUUUUAACCACUCCUUUUAUGAAUACUUUGAAUUUGGACGUUCCACUUUCUCACAUACAUUUUUUGGCCUACUAUAUAUAGUAGGGAAGUAUGUGAUUUUGGAUGCAGCCAAAGCAUAUGUUGCACAGCUUAAAAUGUUUAUAUACAAGUUAAGACGGGGGUGCCCAACCCUGUUCCUGGAGAUCUACCUUCCUGCAGAGUUCAGCUCCAGCCCUGAUCAAACACAACUGAACCAACUAAUUAGGGUCUGAAGGAGCACUUGGUAAUUACAGACAGGUGUG